AGGAACAUGCGAUGUGCGUACAGUUUUUGCAGACAGUCAUGAGGGUACUGCAGAUUGUGAUAUUGACCCUUAUCGUGGCCUAUCCAGAUGAUGUGCUUUCGGAGCGAAAAGGUCGUCGGACCAACGGAGACAAAAAGGUCGACAAUGGUCCAUGUGGCAAGCGAUUUUUGCGGCAAAUAAAUGGCAAAUGUUAUUACUUUGCUGGGAAAAAGAUGAACUGGUUUGGCGCACAGAACAAUUGCCUGCGCAAGGGUUUGAACUUAGCCGAUCUGUCCACGAAGGAUGAGUUCGAUGCGAUUGUUAAGUUUCUGCGUACUAAGGGCAACAUGGAGGACUUUUGGUUCGGCGGCAAUGAUCUGCAAUCGGAGAACCGUUUCACCUACAUAAGCAAUGGUCGUCCGGUACGAUAUCUGGGCGGUAUAGAUAAAAUCGAGCCAACGCAGCGAUCCAAUCUGGACGAUUGCCUGGAGAUAAGACUGCGGCAGGAUUCGACUAUCGUGACCGAUGAUAAUUGCGAGGAGCAACAGUAUUUUGUCUGCCAGCAGAGUGAGGUCAAGUGUGCCCAACCGGUCAUUGAUGAAACGACUGGUGUACAUCAUAGUCACGAGCAUUUGCAUCACUUCCAUCAUGAUGGCGCAAAAGCUGAGAUCCCUGAGAAGGGACAGGGAGAAGAGCCUGAGAAGGUACAGGGAGCAGAGCCUGAGAAGGGGAGCAAGGAAAGUCUGGAAAGCGAUUCACGGCCGGCUGACAAUUCGAAUUCAACGGAAAUCGGCGAAUCGCCGGAGAACAACGAAGGAGACGAAACCGAAAUUGCUGAAGGCGAAGAUCUUGGUGAAGCCGAGGACGCGGACCAGACUACGGAGACUGGCGCGACUGAGGCGUCAGUAGAUAAAGAAGAAGGUGCAGAAGGUGCAACAACAGCUGAGGGAGCAACUGCAUUACCAGGUGAAGGGGAAACUACUAAGGCUCCAGAAGAGGGUCCGACAGAACCAGCAGCAGCUUCAGAGGCUGGUGCAGAAGCAGCAGCAGAAGCAGCUUCAGAAGCAACACCUGAAGCAGCACCUGAAGCAGCACCUGAAGCAGCACCAGAUGCAGCUCCAGCUGAAGAUGCAGCUGUAGCAGCACGUGCUCCUAAAGCAAAAGCCUCUGAAGCUGAAGAAACUGAAGAAACCAACAUAGAGGACACAGAGAUAAACGCACGUGCUCCCGAAGCAAGUCCUGUCAGCGUUGAUAUUGGAGCUCAAUCUCCAGCGAGUUCACCAAUAGAAGCUACAGGAAAAUCCCUAGAAUCAGUAGCGGAAGAAUCAGUAGCCGAAGGAUCACCAACACCACUAGGUGAAGCGUGAAAUGGAGAAGUUCAACUGUAAUCCCACUACACAAUAUGUUCCUGAAUAUUGCCUUAUAGAAACUGACUAUAUAUAAUCAAUAAAACGUCAUCACAA